AUGUCUGACAACUCAGUCGCCACACCAGCCCACCUGCUGCAAGCAAAGGUCAUCUUCCUGUCAUUUCUUCUAACGGGCGGCUUCGUUGCUACUUACUCUGCCUUUAAUAGACACUUGAGGCAGAUCACUUCCGUGCAUGAUAUCCCCACCAAUGUGUUCCGGCGGAAGUACCUAUAUGGGAAAGUCACGUCAGUUGGCGACGGGGACAAUUUCUUGUUCUUCCAUACUCCAGGCGGGGUGCUCGGCGGAUGGCACUGGCUGCGGAAAGUGCCAACGUUGCAACGGAAAGGCAUCUUGCCACGCAGAGCGCAGAAGGCGACCGGUAAUGCACUGAGCACGCUGUCGCCUCUGAAUCUUUUCCGGGGGCUUGUGGGGCUACGCUCCGAGGGCGGGGGCCGCGACCAAUUCGCCCUGUACCGUGGAAGAAGAAAGCUGCCCACGCUUUCGAUCAGGUUGUGCGGUGUCGACGCUCCAGAAAGGGCACACUUCGGUAACUCCUCGCAGCCCCUGAGCGAGGAAGCAUACAAGUGGCUCAACAAGACACUUCUAGGUCGCUUUGUUUGGGUGAAGCCCCUGUCUACGGACCAGUACGGGCGCUGUGUGGCCAAAGUCGAAUAUUGGUCCUGGUUCAGAUGGAAGAAUGUCAGUAUAGAACUGCUCAAACAGGGUUUAGGGGUUGUGUACGAAUCCAAGAGCGGCGCGGAGUUUGACGGCCAGGACACCCUCUAUAGGUACCACGAGUCGAAGGCCAAGAAGUCGAAGCGCGGCGUUUGGGGCCUGCGACAUUUCGAGACACCGGGUGCAUACAAGAAACGCAUCAACAAACAAUAA